AUCCGAGGAGGAGAAGGGAGCUGCGAGCAGCGAGCAGGAGGCAGGCGCGGUCUGCGCGAGGAGCAGGCGAGCGGGAAGGCGAGACGCAGCCACCUUCCUCACCAGCCAGCCCACAGCGGUUUGUUCCCAUCCUCGGGAGUGCGCCAAUGCCCGGGCCGACCCAAACCCUGUCCCCAAAUGGCGAGAACAACAACGACAUCAUCCAGGAUAACGGGACCAUCAUUCCUUUCCGGAAGCACACAGUGCGCGGGGAGCGUUCCUACAGUUGGGGAAUGGCAGUCAAUGUGUAUUCUACCUCGAUAACCCAAGAGACUAUGAGCAGACAUGACAUCAUUGCCUGGGUUAAUGACAUAGUAUCUUUAAACUACACAAAAGUGGAACAGCUUUGUUCAGGAGCAGCCUACUGCCAGUUCAUGGACAUGCUCUUUCCUGGCUGCAUUAGUUUGAAGAAAGUAAAAUUUCAAGCGAAGUUGGAACAUGAGUACAUUCACAAUUUUAAGCUUCUGCAAGCAUCGUUUAAGCGAAUGAAUGUUGAUAAGGUAAUUCCAGUGGAAAAGCUCGUGAAAGGGCGUUUCCAGGACAACCUGGAUUUUAUUCAGUGGUUUAAGAAGUUCUAUGAUGCUAACUACGAUGGCAAGGAGUAUGACCCCGUAGAAGCACGACAAGGGCAAGAUGCAAUUCCUCCUCCCGACCCUGGCGAACAGAUCUUCAACCUGCCCAAGAAGUCUCACCAUGCAAACUCCCCGACAGCAGGUGCGGCUAAAUCAAGUCCAGCAUCUAAACCAGGAUCCACACCUUCUCGUCCCUCAUCAGCCAAAAGGGCUUCGUCCAGCAGCUCAGCAUCCAAAUCUGAUAAAGAUUUAGAAACACAGGUCAUACAGCUUAAUGAACAGGUACAUUCGUUAAAACUUGCCCUUGAAGGCGUGGAAAAGGAAAGGGAUUUCUACUUCGGAAAGUUGAGAGAGAUUGAGCUCCUCUGCCAGGAACACGGGCAGGAAAACGAUGACCUCGUGCAGCGACUCAUGGAAGUCCUCUACGCUUCGGAAGAACACGAGGGCCACCCGGAGGAGCCGGAAGCAGAGGAACAAGUCCACGAACAGCAACCCCAGCAGCAGGAAGAGUACUGAACCGUCUCAGCAGCUCUCCACACUUCCGUUUUGGUGGGAACUUUUCUUCUGGAGAAUUGGAACACAUGUGGCCUCAAGCUCAUCAGAAACCAGUUGUUCCCAGCCUGCUGUUCCAUCACUGCGCCGGCACCCAUGCCAACCACCGCGCUCGGUUCCCAUUUCCUUUGCCAAGACACACUAGCUGCGGCCGUGGGCAGCCUCCCCAAGACAUCACGGGGUCACAUACCUUCAACUUCACCACUUGGCUGCUUGAGAUCGGUUCUGCUCUUUGCAUUUCUUUCCAGAACAACUGUCCCCACCCCCACCCCACCCCCUUUUUACCCUGGUGUGAAACAAUGGUAAUUUGAUAUAUGGUAUUUAUAUUGGCAUUUCUCAACCCAGUGUCACUAGAUGUCACACACAUUUGUGGUGCUUUGAUGUUUGCAAGUCUAACCUCUGAACAUAAAUUUGGUCAAAUAAUAAAUUGGAACAAAGGGAAAGAGAUACUUGAUAUGAAAGCCAUAUGACAGUGACUUAUUUCACGGGGAAAAACACCGAGUCAGUUUCUCCCUCUACUCACAAUUGAAAGGGAAAAAAAAAAAAAAGGAAUCAAAACUAGGACUUCAGGGCCCAGCAGUGUUCAGACAUCAUCAUGUUAGACAACCACACAGUAUGUUGUUAGUUUUGAAAGACAUUCACUCAAGGAAAACACCAUCUCGACUUGGCCCUCUAACUGCUUGCCCUUUCCCUCGCCUCCCCCGACCCAGAUUCUCAUGCUGUUUUCUUUCUCAGGGUCCUCUUUGGUGGGGAGCCACUCUCCCCAAAAGCUGUCAUCAGUUGUCUGCAGUCAGAGGGGGUCUGCAUGGGCACAGGUCCUCCUGCCUCCUCGUGUGGGUUUCAGCCCAAAUCCUCUCAUCCACACUAGGGGAUUCCUACUAAAGAAUGACUUCAGGGUGUGCAGCCCCGGGCGGCAGGGUCCUGCAUCAUGCUGCACACUUGCUGGAAGGCUGGGAGUGAAGACUUUAUGAAUAGGAGCGUAAGCCCAAGGGAGAAUCCUGGUCCUGAAGUCUGGUGUUGACACUGGAAUGACAGCACAGGAAAAUCUGACUCCCAAUGCCUUCUGGAAUAAAGAAUUCCCCCUCUUCAAUACUAUGGCCCUCCUUGUCAUUGACCUUCGCUAAAUUGUGGCAGUUCAUAAACAGAGGAAACAUUAAUGAAUUAAAAGCAUUCCUUAUUUUUUUUAACUAAUAUUUGCACGUUUUCUUAGUAUCUUUCCAAAUCUUUGCCUCUUCCCCACCCCGCCCUUUGACAGAUGGUUUCCCCUCCUGGAUCAUUCAUUUCACUCGGUUUCUAACUUUAGAUUUUCUUUCACUUGUUAUUUGACUUAGAAGGUGCAACAAAAACAGCAAACAAGUGUGCCCACCCCACUUUCCUCUUAAUUGAAAAGCUUAAAAUAAAUUUCUGAAUUAUGUGUCAUAAA